AACACUUAUGAUAUAGUUUUAGUUAUAUGUUGAAAUAGGUAGUAGGUAGCUGCGUAUUUGUAAAAAUGAGAAGUCCAGGAAUUUUAGCGCUUUUCGUCUUCAUCUCCAUAAGUUUAAUGUACUAUGGCGUUGAAUGUAGGGGCGUUGAAGAUGGUGGCGUGUUUCUAAGCGAUAGACUUCAACCAAACAAAGAAGCCUUUCAGAGGACAUUUACUGAACUUGUUGAAGGAGCACGGGUAGCCCUUGAAAAUAGAUCAAUAUUUUCAUUUAUUGGACUUCUUAUUAGAAUUAUUCCCUACAUCGCACUCAUCGCGUUAAAUGUAUUCUUAAAUAAUUACACGGAAAUGAUAAAGUACAGUCUUAAAGUAAUUGAAGUAGCUUGGGAAUUCCUAACGUAAGUUCUUCAAUUUGAUUUUUAUAAAAUAAUAAUACUUGUCAAUGUACAGAAUAAUAAUAAAAUAAACUGCAAAAAGUGGCUUUUA